AGGCAGUUGAAGUAUUGAUUAUAUCAAGGAAAUUGACCGCUUGAAAAGAUAAGUAAAAGAGUAAGGAAAAAAAUUGAUUCCCAGACACUACAAAGAAGUGAAAAUGCGUCCAAUGCGAAUUUUUGUGAACGAUGAUCGGCAUGUGAUGGCCAAGCACUCGUCCGUGUACCCAACACAAGAGGAGCUAGAGGCCGUGCAGAACAUGGUGUCGCACACGGAGCGUGCGCUCAAGGCUGUAUCCGACUGGCUUGACGAGCAGGAGAAGGGCAGCAGUGAGCCAGCUGAGGCAGAGGGCACCGACACACCUGCCGAGGAGGAGGCCAAAGACGGGGCCGGGGAGCAGAAGCCGGAACACAUGACGAGGACGCUGCGGGGUGUGAUGCGCGUGGGCCUGGUGGCCAAGGGGCUGCUGCUCAAGGGGGACCUGGAGUUGGAGCUGGUGCUACUAUGCAAGGAAAAGCCCACAGCGGCGCUGCUCGACACAGUGGCCGACAACCUGGCCCUGCAGCUUGCCACUGUCACGGAAGACAAGUAUGAGAUCUUCCAGUCAGUGGAUGAUGCUGCCAUCAUCAUCAACAACACGAAAGAGCCACCACUGUCUCUCACCAUCCACCUGACGUCCCCUGUGGUCAGAGAGGAGAUGGAGAAAGCCUCGACCGGAGAGACGCCCGCAGUUAGCGACCCCCCGGAUGUGUUGGACAGACAGAAAUGUCUCGCAGCCUUGGCCUCCCUCCGGCAUGCAAAGUGGUUUCAGGCCAGAGCCAAUGGGCUGAAGUCAUGUGUCAUUGUCAUCCGGGUCCUGAGGGACCUGUGCACGCGUGUGCCCACCUGGGGGCCCCUCCGAGGAUGGCCCCUGGAGCUCCUGUGCGAGAAGUCCAUCGGCACCGCCAACAGGCCCAUGGGUGCCGGCGAGGCCCUGCGGCGCGUACUGGAGUGCCUGGCCUCGGGCAUCGUCAUGCCAGAUGGUUCUGGCAUUUAUGACCCUUGUGAAAAAGAAGCCACUGAUGCUAUUGGGCAUCUAGACAGACAGCAACGGGAAGAUAUCACACAGAGUGCGCAGCAUGCCCUGCGCCUCGCUGCCUUUGGCCAGCUCCACAAAGUGCUGGGCAUGGACCCAUUGCCCUCUAAGAUGCCCAAGAAGCCAAAGAACGAGAACCCAGUGGACUACACGGUUCAGAUCCCCCCCAGCACCACCUACGCCGUCACACCCAUGAAGCGCCCUUUGGAGGAGGAUGGCGAGGAGAAGUCGCCCAGCAAGAAGAAGAAGAAGUUGCAGAGGAAAGAGGAGAAGGCGGAGCCGCCGCAGGCCAUGAAUGCACUGAUGCGGCUGAACCAGCUCAAGCCAGGGCUGCAGUACAAACUGGUGUCGCAGACGGGCCCUGUACACGCACCUAUCUUCACCAUGGCUGUGGAAGUGGAUGGCAGUUCUUUCGAGGCCUCGGGCCCCUCCAAGAAGACGGCCAAGUUGCACGUGGCCGUGAAGGUCUUACAGGACAUGGGCCUGCCCACGGGUGCUGAAGGCCGAGACUCCAGCAAAGGCGAUGACUCGGCCGAGGAGACGGACACCAAGCCAGCUGUGGUGGCCCCACCGCCCGUGCUGGAAGCCGCUUCCACGCCCAGCACCACUUUCCCCUCCGAUCCCACCUCCGAGAAUGCUCCACAGCAGGGGCCGAUCUUGACCAAGCACGGCAAGAACCCAGUCAUGGAGCUGAAUGAGAAACGACGUGGCCUGAAGUACGAGCUGGUGUCCGAAACGGGCGGCAGCCACGACAAGCGCUUCGUCAUGGAGGUGGAGGUGGAUGGGCAGAAGUUCCAGGGCGCCGGCUCUAACAAGAAGGUGGCCAAGGCCUACGCUGCCCUUGCGGCCCUCGAGAAGCUCUUCCCCGACACGCCCCUGGCCUUGGACGCUAACAAGAAGAAGCGCACCCCAGUGCCUGUCAGAGGGGGCCCCAAAUUCGCUGCUAAGCCGCACAACCCGGGUUUCGGCAUGGGAGGCCCCAUGCACAACGAGGUACCCCCGCCCCCCAACAUGCGUGGACGGGGCCGAGGCGGGAACAUCCGCGGGAGAGGCCGAGGCCGAGGGUUUGGAGGCGCCAACCACGGAGGCUACAUGAAUGCCGGCUCUGGCUACGGCAGCUACGGAUAUGGCGGCGGCAACUCAGCCACAGCUGGCUACAGUGACUUUUUCACAGACUGCUACGGCUAUCAUGAUUUUGGGUCUUCCUAGAGCAUCUAAAAGUAUUGCACACAAAAGCAGCUUUUUACUCCAAUUUUCUCGAACUCCAAAACCCAAAGUGUCCGUGCUGUGCCCUGUGCGUCACCGGGUGUUCCUCGGCGGCCCCGCAGCCCGGCCGAAACGCUUAGCCUGCAGAAUUUAAGACAAUGGCAGUUUUUACCGCCCUUGGCCUUUGAACUGGGUCCCUUGACGGUCACACUAAGUGGAAAGCAAUUUUCCGAGUGCGCCUUUUUGAGCGGCCUUGCACGGAGCCCUAGAGCCAGCGUUGGGCCGCGGCAAGGCCCCAGCCCACGAGUCACGAGUGCUUUUUCUGGAAAGCAUGACUAUCUGAGAGACAGACACGGAUGCAUUUUAACCUUCCUUUGUCUUAAUUCACAGCAGGUUUUGUAUGAAUUUUUAACCAAUUCCCCCAUCGGGCGGAUGCCUUUGACAGUCACCGACACGAUUCGCCACCAUCCGAGUCCAGACCAACCGGCUUUGGCUAUUUUUCGUUUUUGUUUUUCUUUUCUUUCUUUUAUUUCCCCCCCCCCCCCAUAAGCAUGUAAACACGGGGCAAUUGUCUGUUGUGCUGAGUAACUGUCCCGCUGAUGGGGGCUGGCCGGGGGCCACGCCACCCUGUGUCCCGUUCAGCUAGAGGUGAGCUGGCGAAGGCGCCCGAGUGGGACCAGCCUCCGGGAAUGGGGCACGUGGAAUCUUGCAAGUCGCCCUCUGCACGGCCGGGGUGUCUGGGGGGGGUCUGGGUCUGGGAUGCUGGACCCCAGGGGUGCGGCGAGGGCGGCCAGGCGGGUAGUAGGUGCGGCUCUCAGGCUCCAGCCUCCUGGGUGGGCCCUGGCUUCCUGGGGAUGUACUGGGAGCGAUGCAGGCUUGCUGCUGAGAUCUCCCGUGCCCUGGGUCAGCGGUCAUGAAACCUGCCCUUUGCGUUGACUUGCAAGAUUGUGCGUUGAUUGAGGCAAAGCAGCUGGUCCAAAACAAAGCAAAGCAAAAAGGGUUACUCCGUCAUUUGUUCCUGGAGGUUUGAAAGUCAGUGAAACUUUAAGAAACAGAAAAAAAGAAAAAGGACAACCUUGGAUUGCAUGAUGUAUUUUUAUUUUAUUUUUUUUUAGAAAGUUAUUGUUUGAGAAUAAUGCCUUUUUAUACCAGGAAAUAGUUCUCCUGAAUGACGUUGCAAACUCCCCCUCCCUUUUAUUUUUUUUAAUCAAUACAUGUUAAAGUGACAA